AUGGCGUCCAAUGUGGCAAAGCGGAAGCAGCUCGGUCAACAUGGACCUUCUGGCAACACUGGAGCCGCAAGGAAGCGAGCCAAGACUUUCGAUGCCCGUACCUUGGCUGUGCAAUCCACCGACGCCGCCCUCUCAGCUACGGGCGAGCUCGACGUGGCCGCGUACGCCGCCGCUCGAGCAUUUGAGAUUCAAGCCCUCGAACAGGGUAUGCAGCGGUCCAAAAAUGCCCUGACGACCCGGGCUUUCCAAAAGGUUCCUCGUGCGCUGCGACGUCGCACGGCAAGUCACAAUGUCAAACGAGUUCCGCGGAGGUUACGAGCGCGGGCAAACCGUGAGAUGGUCGAAGACAAUACGCCCACCGUCACUGCCCGUCGUCGCAAACCCAGUCAAAUGAUGCGCAUCCGCCUGGAGACCGCUCGACGCCUCCAAAACCUCAAUAAGAAGUCGAAGAAUAGGCGUGCGGCAGCUAAAGCGGAAAGGGAUAAAGAAACAGAGGCCCUUGCGGAGAAAGAAGGCAGUCACACUUUCCAAACCGCGCCUCGUGUGCCGAAGAUCAAGAAAGGCAAACUAUCACGCCCGCCACCUCCAGAGUCCAAGUUCCGCAAGCGUCAGAGAUGCAAGACAUGGUUGCCCACACACAUGUAUCAUGCGAAACGGGCUCAUAUGGCAACUAGCAAAGAUCCGAUUUGGCGCUUUGCUAUUCCCAUUUCACCGACAGAGAAAAGCUACCGACCCACACACCGGGCCCAUGGCGCCCGCGGUGCUGUCGCAUGGGACAUGAGUUACAUGUCUACAGUGCAACUCGAAGGAAAUGAGUCCUGUAUUGAGUCUGUUCUGAGAGCAAUCGGCGUCAAUGGCGACGAGGCGUGGGGUGGAAAGGGGAAGAAGUGGAGGGCUGGAACCAGAUCGUUGCAAGCCUGGGCAUUCGAGAAGGAACAGCCCACUCGGGCCAUAGCACCUAUCACGCUGAUCUGGUGUGUGCAGGCAAGGAACGAGGAUGUGGAAAUGGUGGACGUAGAAAAGCCUACAGCUGCCCCGAAGGCUUUGCGACGAAAGCUCUUCAUACGUAUCCACCCCUCUGCAUUCCUCCAACUCUGGGCCGAUCUGCUGGAGAUCUCCAAGCGACAAAACCCACCGGUCAUGGUAGAAGACCUCCGGUUCGAGAUAGGCAGCAUUGAGAUCUCCGGUCCAGGGUCUACCGAGGCUCUGCUGGCUACCUUGCAGCCUAUACCUCGCCCAGAAAAGGCGAAUGCACAAAGUCCUGAGGAUACUUGGCCAUCUCUACUUGGCGUGUCCAAUCCUUCAUCUCUCCCAAGCAAUGCUCUAUUGUCGUUCUCUGUGGCAGAUCCCCGUUUGCGAUUUCCUUCAUCUACUCUCAACCCCCCGGACACUGACACCCAUAUGAAUAACUUGGCAACAUUACUCGCGACUUGGCCACCAGAUCAAACACAAGGACCUUCCUCUCUCUUUGACCGGCCCAGUCGUCUUGCGGCUACGAGACAGCUCCCGAGCCAAAAGGCAAUCAGUCGCCGUCGCACGCUGGCAGGACCAGGCAAAUAUCCCCCGGCUCAACCCACAGAUCCACACAUUCCUGUGAUAAUCCUUGCCAGCCGUCCGCAGUCUCAGAAAACCAGAAACUCUGCUCCGGGCUCUUGGACAGUUCUUUUGCCUUGGAAAUGUGUGGUCCCCGUGUGGUAUUCACUUAUGUUUUAUCCCCUCUCCAGUGGAGGAAACCCCCGAUUAGGUGGAUUGAAGGAACAGCAACAACUUGCCUUUGAGGCUGGCCAGCCAUGGUUCCCGGGAGAUUUCCCCGGUACGCGUGCUGGCUGGGAGUGGUGCCAGCGAGAGACCCAGAAGACUCGCCGUCAGUGGGAGAGGCGGCCGAAAGGUCGGCGAGUCGAGUUUGGCAGUCUCGUCAUAGCAGAUGGUCAUCCCAAGGGUGAGAUUGGCCACGGAUGGGCCUGUGACUGGCAGAGACUCGUGGAAGGACCGCCACAGCAGACGACCGCGCCGGAUGUCUCUGGAGAGCAGAACGACGUCCAGGCUCCUUCUAUCCCGCCUUUGGGCAUUCACAACGUCCGAAAUCUCUCGGGGGAAACGAGCCAGCUGUUCACAAGACUUGCCAAAACAACCAUUGAUACAUCGGCGCUGGCUACGAUACAUCUCACGCUCCUCAAUCGUGGGACCCCCGUGCCAUGUGCGCGGAUUUACCGCCUCCCCACUGAUCCCGUGGUCCGGAAACGCUGGCUUGAUCGUGCAUCGUCGUCUAAGCCGGCGGCGAAUGGACGAAAGAACUCAAAUCAAAAAGUAUCCUUUCCGAAGGAAGAAACACAACGUCAGCUUGCAGAGAGAUUGGUGUCGGCUGUCGUCUCCGAGGAAUCUGGAUCUGAUCAUUGUGAUUGUCCCGCAGAAGAGGAUCUCAUCGGCUUUGUCACUGCUGGGAACUUUAAUCUUUCAGAGGGCAAGGGGACAGGAAUCGGAUCGAUACUCCUGUCGAAGGUUGUGACACCUUGUCAGAAGCCAAGUGAACGCAAACUAUGUAUUGUCCGGACUGCGGGUGAGCGGGUUGGACGGCUUGGAACAUGGGAGUUUGUGUGA